CAUGCAUAUACUGUAUAUUGUAUUAUGUACAAAAGUUACGCCUGGAGGUACUUUGAUUACACAAACUACCACCACUACCGAAAGGCCCAGAACUGGACGGAAUACACAUGCACCAAUGGGUUUUCAUGAAUCCCCUAAGAUGAUUCAGAAGACUGAAAAUUAUUAUUCAGCAGAAUCACCUAAUAGAACCAGUGCUCUAUUAGAAGCUCAUGAUGCUGCUCUAACAGUUAACCUAGCUGGGGGUCAACAGCUACUGCCAGCCGAUUCAACAAUGAGGAACACAAUGACGAUGAUGCCCGGUCGCGUCGCGCAACGUAGUAACACCGCACCAUUGAGCCCAAACGACGCAAUGCUUAAUGUGCACGAUAGUCGCGACAUUGAGAGUCUUUCGGCUUAUAGCUUUGACCAACACUCGGAUAGAGGACAUAAAAAGAAAAGAUCACUAGGUAGUGCACUGAGAAGGAGGUUUAAUAAGAAAGGUAAGCGUUCUCAGAGUGCUGAUAGGACUAGAGAGGACCAUUUACUUCGACCUUCGGACAGUCAGAGUGCAUAUGAUGCACCAGGAGCUUAUCAAAUGGAUGAUGAUAAGAGAUUACGCAAAUCGCGUAGUUCUUCUUUUAGUUUAAAUUUGAAGAAAUUUUUUUCGCGUAAGCCCAAGUAUAGCCCAAGGCCUAGUCCUCAGCCAUCGCCCUUACCAGUUCAAAACAUCAGUCAUCAAAAUAUGAAUCAACCAUCUCCCAAUUACGUGCAGCAGUCGAAUGCCAUUCAGUAUCAAACUAUGCCUCAACAACGUCAACAAUUUUCUUAG